GCUGCAGCAAUUGAGCUAGUCAUUCCAUUACUGCAUUUUAUUUAUGCAAAUCAAAUUACAGAAGUUUUCAAAUUUUGAUAUUUCAUGUAAUUAAACGCAAGUUUGAAACAACUAUUGAUAAAGAAUUUUUUUGUUUUAGUUUUUCCACAUUUUCCGUAGAAUGCUUCGCAAGGGAAUUAUGAGCACUGAGUGUACUUCCGGUUUAGUAGUGAUGUGGCUGUGAGAGGAUUUGUGCGUCACAAGCUGAUAUUUCUUUCUCGUUGGAUUUCUACCCGUUAUAUUAGUAGUGUGUGGACUGGUCACUAAUCACAGUUAAAGAUGUGUUUAUCAUAAAUGUGCUAAAAUGUAAUUUGCUGUAUAUCGUGCAUUAAUGUACUCCGUUGUGUGUCGUCUCCAACGCAGAAUAUAAAAAAAAGUUACUAGAGAAAUUGAUUUGGAUUUGUUGUGUUAGUGUAUAGAAUGUGGUGACUUGAGAAACUACUUCAUUUUGUACGCGUGAUAAAAAUCUAACCCCAAAAUGACGCAGUUUCUGCCCCCAAAUUUACUUGCACUUUUUGCACCGAGGGACCCGAUACCCUACAUCCCCCCUGUUGACAAAUUGCCGCACGAGAAGAAGAAUCGCGGAUAUCUUGGUGUUGGUCAUUUCCUUGGAAAUUUUGAGGAUCCAAAAGAUACUCCACCGCCCACAAGAGUAGAAACUAGAGAUGAACGUAUGGAAAGGAGAAGAAGAGAGAGAGCUGAACAAGUAGCAUAUAAAUUAGAGCAAGAAAUUGCGGUCUGGGAUCCACAUAGUAUACCUCAUGCAACUGGAGACCCCUUCAAGACCCUUUUCGUGGCCAGAAUAAAUUAUGACUCCUCAGAAUCAAAACUUAGAAGAGAAUUUGAAGUUUAUGGAGCCAUUAAAAAGAUUGUGGUCACUCACAAUACAGUGAAUGGAAAACCUCGUGGUUAUGCCUUCAUUGAAUAUGAGCAUGAACGUGAUAUGCACUGGUUGGAUGGUGGGAACAAUAAAGGAGUGUUACUGCCCAUUCCAGCUGCCUACAAGCAUGCAGAUGGCAAGAAAAUUGAUGGACGACGUGUCUUGGUUGAUGUGGAACGCGCCCGGACUGUUAAAGGAUGGCUGCCCCGCCGUCUUGGAGGAGGAUUGGGUGGUACUCGAAGAGGUGGGCCAGAUGUCAAUAUAAAGCAUUCAGGACGUGAAGACAAUGAGAGGGAACGUGAGCGGUAUCGCCUGGAAAGAGAAAGAGAAACGGCUCGUGGGCUGAAUGAUCGGGAUCGUGACCGUGAUAGGGACCGUGAUCGUCGGAGAUCACGAUCACGAGACAGGGAAAAGCGGCGCAAGUCUCGCAGUCGAUCUCGUGAGCGGAAACGAAGACGCAGCCGUGAUCGUGGGAAGGAGCCAGAAAUUGAAGAAAUUGUUGAUAGGGAGGACAGAGGAGGCCGUGACAGAGAUAGAGAUCGUGACAGAGAUAGGGAUCGUGACAGGGAUCGCAAACGGCGACGUUCACGAUCAAGGGAUCGUGACCGCGAUCGCAAUGAUCGUGGUGAUCGUGACAGAGAUCGAGAGCGGAAGAGGGAACGCAGGGAGAGGGAUCGUGGUGAGAGAGGUGGAGGAAGUGCAGCUGUUGCAGCAAGUGCUGGGGUUGGCAUGGAAAGAGGAGAGAGAGAGGAGAAACGUAGGGAACGUGAAUUCAGGGAAAGAUCAGAAGAGAAAGAAGUUCGUAUUAAAUUGGAACCUCCUGAUGAUUACCCUGAUUAUUCAUCACAGCAGUAUGAGGAAUCAAAUUAUGAUGAAACUCAAGUUAAGUAUGAAAGAGAAGAUGACCAGUAUCCAGAAGAAGGCCAGGGUGAGACUAAUGGACGAACAUUUAACAAUGAUUAUGAAGGUGAAGAUUAUUAGUACAUGUAAUUUACCCCUAGUGACAAGUUUCCUGAGAUAGAAGAGCUUUUAUCAAGCAUUUUAAUGUAGAUCUUCUUCUGUUAUUUGCACCCAACUGGAUUUUGUGUUUUAAAGAUAAAUAAUUGGGUGACAUUUCCGAUUUUUUAUGUUAUUAUUGUGAUGGACUGUAUGUUAAUGGUUAUUGUACAUAUGUACUUGUACAACACAUGUUUGACAUGAGAGUAUCAAUUAUAUAUUGAUACAAUUUUCUGGUGUUAAUACUCCCGAUGCUUUUUUUAUGAAUUCUUAAUGCUCUUUAAACAGGGAAUUUUGUUCUCAGUGUCUUUUGGACUCUUGUGAAUGAAUAAAUAAUAUUUAAAGCAGAGUUUAAUAGUUCAACUUUCUUGGUCAUAUUUUAUCAUAUCAGCUUACAAUCAAUAAUUAAUUAAUUUCUAAGAACAGUUUUGAGUGUUGAAUAGUCAAUAAAAUACAAUAUCCAACGUCUAUCAACGUGCUGAAACAUUUCAAAAAAUCUUUCAGGAAGACAAGCUGAGCUGUUUAAGUGACAAAAGAUACAUAUUGUAUUAAAUUCAAAAAUCUGAAUUAAUAAGCAUCACCUAUUUCUUUAGAUAUAUAAUUCUAAAAUGUAGGGAAAAUAUUUUCUUUCUCAUGGUUUUCAGUAUUUGAAGAUCCCUGGUUUAGAAGCUUGUGAGCUUCUAGGUUUUGCAGUUGAUUAAAGAGAAAAUAUCUGCUUGUAUUGAUUGUCCAUGUCUGAAAUGUACUUGUGAUUUUCAUUUAUGUAGUGCGCUAUCCUUAGUUAUUUUAUCUUAAUAGGAUUAUUUCUAAAAUAUGUAAUAUAAGUAAAUUCUUUUUUCAUAAUUAUGAGCCUCCUUGCAAAUCAUUAGAAUAAUGCACAAAGGUAAGUAUGAAAAGCAGUUUCAAAAAUAUAAUAGACAACGAGAGACAACACUAAAUUUCACCAUUUCUUUUAUAUGCCAUUAUUUUGCCAAUUUUGGGGGGGGACACAUCUCGCAUCAAUAGCAUGCUAUUUGGAAUUAAUCAAGGCUGAUGACUUAGAUUUUCCUAUAAGCUGAAAUUAGACCAUGGACUUGCUGAUAGUUUUGGUUGAGUUAUUAGUGUGUUAAUGUAGGAUAGGCAUAAAGAUGCUAAUUUUGAAACGAGCAAAGAUUUGUGAAGAUUAACCCAUUGUGUUGGUUACUUUGUAUGACGCUUUCAUGAAUUACAUAACGUAAGACUAAUUUUCUGCAUUUAUAUUUUUAUACAUUGCCAUUAUUUUACAAGAUUUUGCAAUGAAAUGAGACUGACGACUAGUAAUAACUUUCAAGCUCAAAUUAGACCAUAAACAUUCUGAUACUUUGGUUGAAUAAAAAAAUGUCUUAAGUUAUUUGAGUAAGUUAAGUCAUUGAAAUGCUAAUUUUGGAACAAGUACACAUUUGCAAAUCUUCUAACCCGUUGCAUCAGUUUUUCAUUUAUGAUCUCAUGAAUUUAAAUAGAUAAUGUAAGCCAUUGCUAAUUUUUAUCCCUUUAAAGCUGUUAUUUCCAUUGAAUAGUAAUCUUGUUAAAGUUGAAAUUAGACCAUAAAUGUAGUGAUUGUUUUGGUUGCUUCAAAAAUGUAUUAAUAUAGGAAAGUCAUUAAGAUGCCAAUUUUGAAACAAAUGAACAUUGUAAUUAUUUGAACCCCUUUUAAUAAUUAAUUGUAUGGAGCUUCCAUUAAUUUUAAAUAUUUCUUAUUGUUGUAGUCACCAUGAAAUAUUUGGUGGACAUAGAGAAAUGGUGUAGUAAUAAAAAUGAAAAGUUGAUUUCCUUUUUAAUUUGUAUAGUAUGAGGCUGUUUAUUAUUUUAGUCUCAGAUUAUUCUUGAUCCCAAAUUGACUUGAAUCUUUGCAUUGAAGCGUGUUAGAAUUUGUCAUUGGAAUCGUACGGAGGGGAAGCAAAAAAUACGAAAAUAAAAUUCUAAUUAACACUGCAUUUUGAAUCCAGCAGAUUUUUAUUUUUUACCCAAUUCCUUGUUCUUGUAAAAAUAUAUAACAUUUUAAAUUCUUGCAUUCGUAGUUAAAAUGUAAAUAAUUUAACUUUUGAAACUUUUUUAAGAAAAUAACUUAAAAGUUGAAAAAGGAUUCUAAAUGAAUAUAUUACAGGAGCAUGUCUUCAUUAAUAUGUAUUAAUUCAAGAACAAAAUAUUUCUUGAAGGCAAUAGUGCAGAGCUAAAAUACAUUAAAAUGGGUUCAAACUGCAGGUACUUGGAAAUUACCAUCUCUGCUUUGCAGUUAGCUCAGUUACCUAAAAUAUUGUGUGUGCUAAUUAAAAAGGUUCCUGUAAUAUUUUGGAAGCUAUGAGAAUGAGAAAAAUUAUGUAAAACAAACUUCUUUACUUAAAAUUUAAAGCAAAUAUGGGAAUGAUAGUAAUAAUCAAAAAGGAGGUAUAUUUUGACUGAGAUUUGUUGGCUUUACCUGUACAAAAUAAUCCAUGGUUUUUAAUUUACAACAAAUAUUCUCUCGUAAUCUACUUUCAAGAAUUACUAUGAAGAGUACGAUGGGUAGUUUUUAAUCAUAUCCAAAUUUAUCUCAUUGGGAAACUUUCAAAUCAUACCUUUAAUUAGGCUUCACAUAGUUAUUUCAUGUUUUUAGUCUUGAGGCUUCAUAAAUGUAUUUUCACAUCUGUUAUGUGCAGAAGAAAAGAAAAAUCAAUGAAUUUUCAUGAUUCAAAUUUGAAGAAUCUUGCAUUCUUUUAAUUUUUUUUCAACUAUCGUGUUUCAAUUCAUCCCAGUGUUAAUGUAACACAACAGUCAUUAGGGGUUAUACAUAAAUUACGUUCCGCAAAUUUGGUAUAUUUUGAAUACCUCCUCAUCUCUGUAAAGUGCACUGGAACUCCCCUCUAAUAAUUAUGUAACGCUUGCAACCAUAUUUUCAUUUAUUUUAACAAUUUUAUGGAAUAUAACUUAACUUAUAUUUUAUAUUAUGUUUUAGUAUAAGAUUGAAUAAAAGGGAUUAUUUCAACAAAUAUUGAAUGAUUUUAAAAAUAAUUAUCUGUAUUAUGUAACAUUAAAC